CCUGAGGGCGUACAGUGCCAGGCACCAUUCCUGCUUCGCUGUUACCUUGGAGUCUAAUGUACUUGGUAUUAGUUUGAUUGGAUGGUUUCUCUCAAUUCUUUAAAAUAGAAUAAAAGUUAACUAUAACAAUAUUAGUUUGCAGAAUUGUUAGCUUUAUUCUAGGAAAGUUUCUAUUUUGAUCUCAGUGGAACUUGGAGACUUGUACAAAAUGUAUUGUGGAGACUAUCAGAUACAGGGAACAAUUUUUCCUGCUCCAAAUUUUAACCCUAUUAUGGAUGCCCAGUUGCUAGGAGGAGCCCUACAAGGAAUUAGUUGUGAAAAAGAUGUGUUGAUUGAUAUUCUAACACAGCGUUGCAAUUCACAACGACUUAUGAUUGCAGAGGCAUACAGAGACAUGUAUGGCAGGGAUUUGAUAACAGACCUAAAAGAGAAUCUCUCUCAUCACUUCAAAGAAGUCAUGGUUGGCCUAAUGUAUCCACCUGCUUCCUAUGAUGCUCAUGAGCUCUGGCAUGCCUUGAAGGGAGUAGACAUGGAAGAAAAAUGUCUAAUUGAUAUAUUGGCCUCAAGGUCGAAUAUGGAGAUCUUCCAGAUUAAAGAAGCCUAUUUAAUGCAAUAUAAUAAUGCUCUUCAGCAAGAUAUUGAUUCUGAGACUUCAGGUCACUUCAGAGAUACGCUUAUGAACCUUGCUCAGGGAACAAGAAUGGAAGGAUAUGCAGAUCCUUCUACAGCUGCUCAGGAUGCGAUGAUCUUGUGGGAAGCAUGUCAGCAGAAAACAGGGGAACACAAAAACAUGCUCCAAAUGAUUCUCUGCAACAGGAGUUACCAGCAGUUGUGGAUGGUUUUUCAGGAGUUCCAAAAUAUCUCUGGGCAAGACAUAGUAGAUGCCAUUAAUGAAUGUUAUGAUGGAUACUUUCAAGAAUUACUGGUUGCGAUAGUUCUCUGUGUUCGGGACAAGCCUUCCUAUUUUGCUUACAGGCUUUACCAUGCAAUCCAUGAUUUUGGGUUUCAUAAUAAAACAGUUAUAAGGAUUCUCAUUGCUAGGAGUGAAAUUGACUUGAUGACUAUAAGACAACGAUACAAAGAGAGAUACGGGAAAUCACUUUUUCAUGAUAUUAAACAUUUUGCUUCUGGGCAUUACGGGAGUGCCUUACUUGCCAUCUGUGCUGGUGAUGCUGAAGAAUAUUAAGCAAGACGAUGCAUUCUGAAGUCUGUAUAAAUCCAUUUUAAGUAGAAAUUGAAGCAAUACACAAUAAUCUAUAACUGUAAGCUAUCCAUAUACUACAAGAAAAAUUAGUCCUAUACAUUUCCUAACCUUAAAUCUUUGUUGAAGCACGAAAAAAUGUACACAAAUGUUUCCUGUCAGGAACAUCGUUUUAUCCCUACUUCUGAUCAAAUCAUGUGUGUUUCUAUGAUUAAUGUAAAUUAGUAAAACAAUUAGUAAAAUAACUUUA